AUGUCCGGGCAGCAACAGCCGCCGCCGCCGUUUGGCCAUGGACCACGUGGCUGGAAUCCACGUGCACCCAAUGCCGCCUCACCGUCGCCCUCAUCGUUUUUGUAUCGGCCGCCGUCGCCGUGGACAACAGCGCCCAGUCCGCCGCCCAUCAUAUCCGGACCGCGUCCCUUUGGGCAUGCCAUGUCGCCGGCACCGCAAUUGCGCGGCCAGCGUCCCAUGGGCAGCAGCAACAAUAACAAUAUGCCGCAUCCGCGUCCACAGUGGCCCGGCGGCAAUCAGUCGCCGGCGCCGUAUCAGCCACCGGGCAUGUUCGAGCCGCCGGCGGGCUAUCCAUAUGGAGCAGCGUCAGCGCCGCGUCCGUAUCGACCGGCGCCGCUGCAGCAGCCGCUGCAUCAUCAGAACUCGUAUGGCGGCCAGCCGACCAGCUCGUUUCAGCUGUCGCCAACUCCGUCGCCCAUCGUUUGCCAUACGCCCAGCUCGGAUUUCACAUACAGCAGCCGGCAGACGCCGCUGUCGCAUCAGCAGCCCCAUUAUCCGCAGCCGGCGCCGCCGCCACAAUAUCUACGCCAGCCGGGCGGACCAGCACAACUGCCACCACAACCGAGACAACACGGACAGGAUCAGAUCGAUUUUAUUGGGGUGCCAUUGGAGCCGCCGCAGCCCAAGUCAUAUGUGAUCUAUGACGAUGAGGAGGAGUUUGGACCAUCGACUGCCGAAAUUAUUGCGAAUCAAUCUCAGGACUACAUCGAUGAGAAGCUGGCCGAAUAUCAAAUGACAAUACUGCAGCUGCAAGUGUCGACUUUUCCCAUAUUCCUCUUUGCUCAACAUCCGUAA